AUGAGCCGGCCUCAAAUUUUUUCAUUCCUUAAAGAUCAGCAUGACGCUAUUGUGCAGACAAAGACCAUCAAGUUGAAUUCAUUAUCGCCACCAGUUAAACCUCAUGUGUUGGUUGACUUCAUAGAUGAGUACUUACAGUCAUUUGAGCCUCCUUUAAUCCUUGAAAGGCUAUCCCUACAGAACGACCAAAUCUCCGAAAUACCGUCUAACUUGGCCAAAAUACUGAAACAUUUGAAAUACUUGGACUUAUACCACAACAAUAUAUCACACAUCAGCAACAAAAUUUUUCAAAGCGGACUCAGACUGAUAGAAAUCCUUGACCUAUCAUCGAAUCAGCUUUCUUAUUUGCCUGACUCAAUCUCACACUUGCACAACUUGAAAGUAUUGUCCGUGAAAAAUAACAACAUUCGAUUCCUUACACCUUCAUUGGGGGAGCUACAGUAUUUGAAUCUUAUAGAGGUUUCUAAUAACCCUCUAUCUAUCCCGUCCUUUGAUUUAAUUCGAACAUUUCAAGCACAAGCUGCCGAGCUAGAUUGGGUGGGCCAAUUAAAAAGCUACUUACUUGCAAACAGAGCUGCAAUCAAUGCAAAGAUUGAAGAGUUAAGGGAUCCAACACCUACAUAUCAUGAAUUUCAAACAAUGGACCCAAAACAUAACCAGGAACCUCAACUUACACCCCCUGGUGUACAAAGGUCACAUAGCGUGAGUGACAUUCCAAAGCCAAGGUCAUCAAAAGCUUCCAAGAGAAUGGGCUUUAUUAUUAAAAAGCUUGAGGAAAAUGGAUCAGAAGAGAAUUUGGAGGAAACUAGGCAACCGAUAACUCUGACAACGAUUCCCAGGCCCAUUAUUCAUGAAGGUGCACCACACUCCGCUUCUGCUGCUGAAACCAAGUUUGUUAUAUCUAGUCCACCACCUCCUCAAUCAGCCAAUACAAGUUCCACUGCACCAAGCUCUGCAUCUUCAUCGCCAUCCAAUGAGUAUGGCUCAUUAGCUCCUAAAUCUAACUUAGGACUGCAUUUGAAACCUCCCACUAGAUCAAGGUCAAACACAAUGAAGGAAAUAGACAGAAUAUUAGAGAAAAACGACAAUGUCGAUACAGAGCAUAAAUCGAAUGCAUACUUUAAAAGACUAUCCACUUUGCAAGAACAACCGGUAGAUGAGUCAGAGGUAAUGGAGUCACCUACAAGUAAUCAAAGAGCCCCACGUCAAACGUCGGACCCGAGUCUCAGGGUACCUCCGUCAGUACCAUUAGGAGUACCAAGGUCCAACACUCCUGCCACUGCUCCUGCUUCCGAUGACGGAUCACCGAUACGCCCCUACCCAUCAAAGAAACAAAUCAAUGCUAAUAUUAUUAAAGUUUCCCGAAAAGUUUUGUUUUCCUUUAGUGAAUUACAUUCAUCCAUUAGAAGAUUUACUGGAUUCUGCACAGAUAAGAAGGUCACUAUGAAGAUGGUAUCGUUGUUGUACACAACAAAAUCGAAUAUAGAUUCUUUAGUUGAGAAUUUAGAAAUAAUGGAGGAAAACGGAAAUAACGCAGAACAAAUUGCCCAGAUCUUACAAACAUGCAUUUCCUCAUUCAGAUCCAUAAUGGAUUUACUACAAGAAAACUUGACCAAAUUUGUUAGCAACAUUGAUGUCUGUUUCAUCCGAAUGUUGUAUUUGUCGGUGUUUGGUUCCUUUAAUGAGCUCAAAAACGCGUAUAUACUUUUAACAGCAAAGCCCAAAGUUGCUGAAUUCAAGCUGAAACUUACAAUCAAUACAAAUGUUGGAUCUUCAUUUGAUGAGGUGGAUGAAAAGUUAUAUGGCACUGUUGAAUCGGCAAUAGCCAAUGCGCAAACUAUUUUCACUGAAUUGAACAAGGAUGUCCAUAGAGGCGCAAGCGCCAAUGCGGCAUCUGUGCUGUCCAGUGUGGCUACAAAAAUCAAAGAUCUUGGCACUGUGUGUGGCUCGUCCUUGGAAAUUACGAAGCGGCUCAACACUAAACUCAUUACCAUUAGGAACAACCCAUCUCAUGGUACAAAGAAGCUAUUUGCGGAGGACACGAAUCAAUUCUUGAAGUCAAUUGUGCUGAUUUUGGCGGCUGUCAAGAGCAUUGUCGUUGAUAUACCCAUAUUAGAGGAUGUUCGUGCGCCAAUGUCGAGUCUCACUAAAACAGCAAAGGAGGUCACUUAUAUGUUGGAGAUAUCAUCCUACAAGACUUUGUUGUCUGAUUCAGGGUCAGGACCAAAUCAACAGGUGCAAAGUGCUUCGGCUAGUGCUCAGGCGCCUUCCAUGUUUACACCUGUAUCUGCCCGUGCCCCUUCCUUAUCGUCAGCAAGUACGUUUACAAAUGGACCAGUUCCAGUACGAAAUCCAAUUGUUGCUCCACCCAAUUCAUCAACUGCCAAUUUGCAGGAGGCACUGAGUAAUUCCUUUGUCAGUGGCCCUCUUACUGCACCUCCACAAUCAACUGGCCAAAUGUUUGCCAAAAACGGAAUGAAUCCAUUCGAUAAGCUUAUAUUGAGUAAGAAUGACGAAACGUAG